AACUCCUCCUUUAAAGCUUACCGAAGAGCAUUAUCUGAUCUCCCAAGCUAACGUGGUCUCCAUACCAUACCCUCUUUAUUCGAUCUCUAGCUUUCAAAGAAUUGAAAUAAAGAAUGGGGAUUGAGAAAGCCAAGGAACUCUUGCAGGAUCUAAUAGAUAAGUCCGGUGGUUGCGCCGUUGUGGACGGCGGCUUCGCCACCCAGCUCGAACGUCACGGCGCCUCUAUUAACGACCCUCUUUGGAGCGCUCUUUGCCUCAUCAAAGAUCCUCAUCUCAUCAAACGGGUGCAUUUGGAGUAUUUGGAAGCUGGGGCAGAUGUAUUAGUGACUUCAUCUUAUCAGGCCACUAUUCCUGGAUUCUUGUCUAGGGGGUUUUCGUUAGCAGAAGCUGAGUCACUAUUAAAGAAUAGUGUUCAACUGGCUAUAGAAGCUCGGGAUAAGUUUUGGGAUUCUGCGAAAAGAAAUGGGAAGCAGAGAUAUAACAGGGCUCUUGUUGCAGCCUCUAUUGGAAGCUAUGGAGCUUAUCUUGCUGACGGUUCAGAGUACAGUGGGAAAUAUGGACCUGAUGUAAGUCUUGACAAAUUGAAGGAUUUCCAUCGUCGGAGACUGCAAGUCCUCGUGGGAGCAGGGCCAGAUUUGUUAGCAUUUGAGACCAUCCCAAACAAACUAGAAGCACAGGCUUGUGUGGAGUUGUUGGAGGAAGAAAAUGUUGAGAUUCCAUCUUGGAUCUGUUUCAGCUGUGUAGAUGGUGAGAAUGCCCCAUCUGGAGAAAGUUUUGAGGACUGUCUCAAGGUAAUUAACAAGAGUGAUAGAGUUGGUGCAGUCGGCUUAAACUGUGCCCCUCCUCAAUUUGUUUUGAGUCUCAUCCAAAAAUUUAAGCAGAUGACUAGGAAGGCAAUAGUUGUUUAUCCAAACAGUGGUGAGAUAUGGGAUGGCAUAGCAAAACAAUGGCUGCAUUCAAAAUGUUUUGAUGAUGACAAGUUUGAGUUAUUUGCCCCUUUAUGGCGAGAAGCUGGAGCUAAUCUGAUAGGUGGGUGUUGUCGCACCACACCAUCUACCAUUGAAGCUAUUUCAAGAGUCCUCAAACAAAGAAUGAUAGGUUCCUAAUAUGGAGAUUGAUUGAUUGAAAUGAUUCAGAGUUAACAUGUUUAUUUAAUUUUUUUUCCUUAGCUUUGCCCUUACAAGAUUGCACAUUUCAUUGAGACAAAAAGUUAGUUAUAUUGUAGCAAUGAGUCUUGUAUUACUUUAAUUCAUUAAAAGUGAUAAGUAGUUAUCUCCGUGCUAGUUUGAGGCAAGGAGCGGAGAUGCACUACUUAGCUUGUUCAUUUUGCUUUUUGAGAUCAGAGGCAAUGUAACUUUCAUCAUUUCAAAAAGCUACAUGUAUAUGACUAUUCAUUAUUCAACGUAACACCAAGUUGGUAUAC